ACGUGUCCUUUUGCUUUGUUUUGUUUGUUUCUUUGGUCAAACUUUAUUUGCCCAUAAGCGCAUCAUCAUCACCCUGGUGAUAAAAAAGCACUGGAGCAUUUAAGGCUUGUACACAUGCAGCAGUCAUGCAGAAUUCGUGACCACAUAUACGCUCUCUGGUGGAGACUGUGAGCCCAUCGUUAUGUUUUUUGCGGUGUGGGUGGAGCUGUGCAGUAGGUUCAGACCUGCUGUACCAGCUCUGACUCUGGGAUUUGUUAUGAAGGAUGCCAGCAGUGGAAACCCGUCGCAUGGAAGAAAUAUGUUUACAUUUAUCUAAUUUGUUUUUUGUAAUGAUCUUUAAAAAUGGCAUCCAAACUUUAUAGUUUAUUAAACAUUGUGUACAUACACGUUUAAGUGAGUUUAACACUAAUCACGAGUCAAUCUUUGUGGAUGUAGUUUUUGCAGGGGCUUCUUUUUUCCCCAUCGGUUAUAUUUUUUAUUUUUAUUUAGUUUUGUUGCCUUUUACUUUCCCUUCGCUUGACCCGUGAUAAAUACUGACAGUGUGAACGGCUGCUUGGCAACCUUACUGGAAAGACAGAAUGAAAGGAGACUGAGAACGACGCGUGUCACACUGCUUUCUUCAGAAAACUUACUCCCUUACUUCUCUUUAUGGCGUUUCAAAAUGACAGACUCUAACUUGAGGAACGAAAGCAACCAUGGGCUGUUUUUCACUUCUUUUAAUGGAUCUGUUUCGGACCAGAUGUUACCAAAUGACAGCAUUACCACAUGCAGGAACUUCACAAUGGACUCACAGGUUGUCGGCGUUGGGAUCUUUCUCUCCGUUUUUAUUUUGGUGGCAAUUGUUGGGAAUAUUUUGGUUAUCCUGUCUGUGGUGUGCAACAAACAGUUACAGACCGUCACCAACUUCUUCAUUGUCAACUUAGCCAUAGCAGACCUCCUGUUGGGCAUUAUUGUGCUGCCCUUCUCUGCAUCUCUAGAGGUGCUGGGAUGCUGGGUGUUUGGCCGGGUUUUCUGUAACAUCUGGGCAGCGGUGGAUGUGCUCUGCUGCACGGCAUCAAUCCUCAGCCUCUGUAUGAUCUCCAUCGACCGUUAUAUCGGCGUGAAAUACUGCCUUAAAUACCCAAGUAUUAUGACUGAGAGAAAGGCAGUCGCUAUUUUAGUCCUAGUGUGGGUAUCAUCUGUUGUGAUCUCGGUCGGUCCGCUCCUGGGAUGGAAGGAACCGCCGCCUGUGGACGAAAGCAUCUGCAGGAUCACAGAGGAGCCGGGAUACGCGCUCUUCUCCUCGCUUUUCUCUUUCUACCUCCCGCUUAUGGUCAUUCUCAUCAUGUAUUUUAGGGUGUACGUGGUGGCCCGCAGGACUACUCGGAGCCUGGAAGCGGGAGUCAAACGCGAGAGAAAUAAGUCUAUGGAAGUGGUCCUGCGGAUACACUGUCGCAGCGUGCUGGAGGACGCGCGUCCGGCGAGCUCAAAAAGCAGCAAAAACCACCCGUUUCGAAGUUCGCUCUCCGUGCGGCUGAUGAAGUUCUCCAGGGAGAAAAAGGCUGCGAAAACCCUGGCCAUAGUGGUGGGGAUGUUCAUCCUCUGCUGGCUGCCCUUUUUCUUCUUUCUGCCAAUGGGUUCCUUCUUCCCGGCACUAAAACCGUCUGAAACUGUGUUCAAGGUGAUCUUUUGGUUGGGAUAUUUCAACAGCUGCAUCAACCCCAUUAUCUACCCCUGCUCCAGUAAAGAGUUCCAGCGGGCUUUCACCAGGCUCCUCAAGUGCCAGUGUUACCAGAAACGUAGGGUCCUUCGCCGCUUCUAUGACCAGAGAUGGCGGACUGCUGUCAAGGGAAUGACAAGGGAUCAGAGAGGCGAUUAUAAGCCUGGCUACGCUGUGCACGAAUCCUGCGGCAGCUCUUUGCUACACACAAGAAAAGGACAUGCACUAGGUUUCAAGAGAUGGAGUCUGUUUCCACCACUGCGAAAGUCCUCCUUCCAGCUCAAAGAGAAAGUAAAUAAUCUGUCAAAUAAAAUUAAGGGAGGGACGGGAAAAUGCAACACACCUGCUGUUGGUCGAAUUGAAACGGUGGACACGGUGUCUAUGGGGAUUUACAACUCUUGUGAGCAGAGUAGCUAUCAGUUUUAUGAUCUGGCAGAAUGCUAUGGCCUGAAAGAGACUGACAUUUAGACGGUCACCAAAGAGGCUUUUAUUUAUUUUCAAAGGGCCAUAUUGGACCAACAUGUAAGAAAGACUGUGAUAAUGCAUAAUAUCAAAGAAUCAAGGCACGAUUAAAGCUGAGAAUAAUGGGUUGAUCCUUGCACAAACAGGCAAAAAAAGGAAACCCUUAUCCCAAUCACGUGGGUCCCACCAUGUUUAUUUGGAUGAAACUUCUAGCGAACUGCUCAAAGACACAUUUGGGACAUGGGUGCGAAAUAAGCAGUAAGUUGGGACUUAAUACUUUUUCGCUUGAAGGCACUGGAUGUGAAGAUUUCAUAGCCUACAGCUGACAGCUGGCAAGUUUUAAGAAUGUAAUAUUUUGGGAAAGACAGUUAAGAUAAGGCUGGAUAAUUAGUAUUGUUGUAUGUUUUUCUUACAGUUUUGUAUCAGGCAGUUUUGAUGUCUUUAAAUGUUAGCCAGCUCACACUGUGUGAUAAAGACUGAGAGUAAAUGGUUUGGUUGGCAUGUUUUGUGAUUUAACAAAUAGACAAAUAAGCAAAAGAACAAAUACCUGUACUGAAACAAAGUUUUCAAUCUCCGCGAAAGUAAAAUCACAAGUGCAUUUUUGUGUUGGUGCCACAGUUUAAUCAAAUGUAAAAUUUCAUAUUGAAUUAUGAUCAUUAAUCUGCGCCUCUGUUUCUUUUUUUGACAAGGCAUUGUAAAGACGAGUGGCCAACGUUGGCAAGUGAACAGUAAUGUCAAGUUGUGUUUUUUGGGGGUUUUUUUUAUGUUUAUCAGAUGAAAGGCAAAAAAUGUAGGAGAGGAAAAAAUGUGGAGACAAUAAUUUCUUUAUUGUUUUAUGCCUUCCAGUUACGUUACGUUAUUUGAUUCAUGAGUAAAGAAAAAUAUCUCCUUCAUCCAGAAGAUGUCACUGUUGCUUUGGUUGUUUUACCUUGUGCACCUAUUCAUCUUUAAGUAAAGCUAAAUGCUUUUGGGAUGACUUGUUUUUAGUAGAAGUGAAUCUGUUGGAAAUAAAUUAACACCUGCAUUUAAUGAAAGCGGUCAGAACAGCAGUAAGAAUAUGUCUACUGACUCAGAAAUACAAAUUACAAAAAGAAAAAGAAAUACAAAAAGAUUUCAGGAAAGCACAAACACACUUUCAUAAAUCUGGAAUUGGAGGCAGUGCACAUUAAUAGAGAGAAAGGGAGCAACUCCAUGAAGACCAAUAAACCACAGUUGAUUCCUGUUAGAAGCCUUACUAGAAAUUAGGUAUAUAACCUAAACUUUACUGUAUUAAAGUUAGAAAAAUCACUUAAAAGUGGUCAAAUGUGUUAUAUUGUUGAAUAUAAUUAAAGACAAAACUGCCUUCAUCACAGCUUUCCAUAAAUGGAUCUUUAUUGAUUUAUUCAGAAAAAGCUUUGGUAGCUCAUUCUCAGAACAGCAGCCUCAGAUUUCUUCUUAGACAGAAGAUUUACAGCACAGAGAAAAAACAAUAAAGGGGAAAAUGGGACGGGUACAUUUCAAGUUUGUUAUUUAAGUUAUUAGGCU